CGCAGACUUCCUAUUGCGGCAAUCCACAUUUUUUUUGACUCAAACGUCACCAGCACCACCAGCAAAGCUUGACUCACUCAUCAACAUCAAACCAUCACCACCACGACAAAAUCGUCUGCACUGCUCACGUAGCAGAAGCUGCUGCCGCCCAUCAUGGCUUUUACUAUGCACUCGCACUCGGGCCAAUUCUGCCCGGGCCAUGCGGUUGACCAGCUUGAGGACAUUAUUAACCACGCCAUCUCUAUUGGCUACAAGACUAUUGGCCUCACAGAGCAUAUGCCGCGGUACCACGAGCGAGAUUUAUAUCCAGAAGAGAUGGAUGACCCGCAAGAAUCACUGCGCACACUAAUCCCGCUCCACGACGCCUAUCUUGUAGAAGCCCAGCGCCUGCAACGCGCAUACGCCUCGCAGAUUCACAUCCUCAUUGGCUUUGAGGCCGAGUUUAUUCGCCCCGAGUACUACCCGCUGGUCAAGGCGCUCGCAGAGCCCGCCAUCGUUGACUACUUCAUCGGAUCCGUCCACCACGUGCACAGCAUCCCGAUUGACUACAACAAAACCUUUUUUGCCGAAGCCAUUGCCGCAGCUGGCGGCUCUGAGGAGCAGCUAUAUGCCGACUACUACGACCUGCAGCACGAGAUGCUGGCGGCGCUGAAGCCCCGCGUUGUCGGGCACUUUGACCUGAUCCGCCUGAUGAGCGAAGAGCCAGACCGCGAUGUGAGGAAGCAGUGGAAGGGCGUCUGGGCCAAAAUCAUGCGCAACCUCGAACUGGCAGCCAAGCAGGGCGCCUGGCUCGAGUGCAAUACGGCAGCACUACGCAAGGGACUAGCCGAGCCGUAUCCCGGGAGGCAGAUUGCCGAGGAGUGGUUGAAGCUCGGGGGCAAGUUUACCAUGUCAGACGAUAGUCACGGCAUUGGACAGGUUGCGACAAACUACGCACAUGGUCUGGCGUACUUGGAGAGUUUGGGGGUCAAUGAGCUCUGGACACUCGAGAGAAAGCCGAAUCCAGGUGUGAAAGACGGAUUGAGGGCGAUGUUGGUAGACAAGGCCGUCACUGUGGCGGAGAUGCGUGAGCGGUUCCCGAUUACAACGAAUGGCAACGCUUCGAAAUGAUGAAGGAGACAAUACAGAACACUCUGAGCUCUGUUUUAUUACAAAACAGGCGAGACAUAGAGCAUAGACGACGAAAACACAGCCAACCAUAGACGAGGAAGGGGGGACUGUUCAGUAUAGAUGAUGCAUAUAUAUACAGUACAAACGGCAACCAGCCAGCUUCUAGAAUAUAGUACCCAAUGAUGAUGAUUAUGAUGAUAUACACUUCCUCUCUUUCUUUGUUCUUCUCUCUCCCUUCGUCCUCAGUUAAUCUUUCUUAGUCUCCUCCCUGACAUUCACCAUCUUCGCCAACCUCUCACUCUUCACCACCUCAUCCACCCACCUCCUUCUCGGCAACUCAAACGUCUCCUUGACCCGCCCAUACGCCAUCCCGCCCAACUGCGCAAUCGGGCGCAACUUCUCCAAAUCCACCGUCCGUCCACCCUCAUCCGUCGCAUCCUCACGCACCCAGAACCUCACCGCCUUCAACAUCACCACGCCCGCCUUACUCAUACCACUCUUACCCUCACCAAGCACUUUCACAUCCACAACUUCCGCCUCCGCCGAAAACACCGACUCUUUCACCCUCGAUGCCUGCACCACUGCCGCCGGCGCCUCAUGUAGUCCUGAAAUCGCCCACUCCGAGACCCCGUGCGGCGCAUCUACCGCCACGGCAUUCACAGCCUCAAUCAUGUCCUCGGAGACCGUGUUGAUUACACACUCCCCCGUCUCCUGGAGAUUGCGGAAUGUGUCCUUCUCGGCGCCUGGCCGCGAUGAAAAGCCCACGAUAAAAGUCGGCGGGUCGUGAUCCACGACUUGGAAGUAACUGAAUGGCGCGAGGUUCUUGGAGCCGUCUUUGCCGCGCGUGCUGAUGAGUCCAAUGGGCCGUGGAGCAAUAGCGCUAAUAAGAAGCUUGUAGUUGUCGACCAUGGCACGGUCCGCGGCGUACGGAUCGAUUUGGCGAUGGGGGAUUGUUAGGUCUCGACCAGGCACGCCGUCGCCGUACUGCCAUGUUGGGUUGGGCUGUUUUGUUACGAGGAUGGGCGCGUUGGAGUUGUCAAAGGGCGGGCGGGAGGCUUGCUUCUUUUCAAAGUCGGCGGCGCGGUCGAUGAUUUUGUAGUUGGCCUCUGCUUUGGAGACUGCCGCCGCCGAUGAUGAGGAUGAGGAAUUGCGUGAUGAGGUGAUGCAGUGAGUAGGCGUGUUGUGGCGGCUACAGCGGGCUCCGGCUAGGUUUCUGCACCAUGCGGGGCGCAGUCGUAUCGAAUUCAUAUUUGGCAGUCUAUGAAAAUACGACUCUGUAGAGAUGAGAGUCAAUUGGCGUGAGAUCAAAGUGUGUGGUGGUUGCGAAUGAGGUGAGUGAGUGCGUGGGGAACGGAGCAUACGCCGACAUCGCCAUGCCCGCUUUAUAAUACAGCCAACACAGAGAACCGUUGACAACACGACAAGUACAAAAUAAAAAUAAAAAUAAAUAGUAAUUAUAUUCUACUGGUGUAAGAAACACAAAAAAGUCUACUCUCCACACAAUUCCUCCAUUCUUCCUUCUUCAUUUUCCCCUCAUUGCAUCCUCCUGGCGCUGUCAAAACAUCUAAAGAAAAAAACUACAAAUAUCAAACGCCUCGUCACGCCACGCACCACACCGCCUACAAAAGCAAGCAAGGUACAAGGUAUCGUUUCAUUAGGUCUAUUCGUAACUGUGCCAUUCUUGGCAGAGAAUCUGCUCCUACGCAGUCGGCUCUCUCUUCACCUUCAGGUCGCCGCUCGCCGGCUGGUCAUUGCGCUCUGUGUUGCCGUUGGCUCGCGGCGCAAACGGGAUUCCCGCUGCAUACUGAAACAGGCCAUUCUUCUUGGCGGGAAUUGGUGUUCCUACGGGCGUGUUGGCCGAUGGCGUUGCCGUGUUAGGCGCAAGCCACUGCAGCGGCUCUUCCCGGCUCACAAUCACAGGGUCUGGGCCGUCAGGCUGGUACGCGAUGAAGUCGGACGGGGACACGGACUUGGUGAAUCGCCCAUUGUCGCCCUUGGGACCAAGUGGUGACGACAUGUCUGCUGGGCUGUAGUCCAACGCCGGCGAAGACAUGUCUGAAGUGGUGCGUGAGAGGAAGCUACGGUCCGAGGCUGUCGCGUCUACUGUGCUCGAGGAUGUCGGCUCCGCACUUGCGCUAGAUCUACCGCGGCGAGAGGUGUCGACUUGAAUCUUGGGCUUACCAAGCUCCUCCUUGCCCUCUGACUGCUGUCGGUUGCGGGCGCGCGCUUCCUUUUGUGCCUGGGUAAUCAAGUUAAUCUUAAUCUUCUUCAUUCCCGUCGUAAUCUUAUCAACGCUGGGGUUGGGAGGCUCCGAGGCAGGCACAGGAGGUACGUCUGAUGGAGGACCAGCACGCGCUCUAGCGGCUGUCUUGGCCUUGCUGGUGGGUGUUGUUGCCCGGCGGUUCGUUCGGGGUGUCUUGGGUGCUGCCGUCGUCUCCUUGCGAGUCUGCGAUUUACUUCUAGUCUUCUUGACCGUGAUAUUUUUUAGAUCGCCGGCUGCUGCAGAUUCAGGCCGUGAAGCAUUGUUUGCAAGCUGGUCAACAUUUUGGGGAAGAGGAGGAACGGGUUCCUGUUCUCUGUCAGGGCUAAACGGCCCAGGUGUGGCACUGAGGCGGCGGCUGGAUCUUCUGCUAGCCGUUCUAGGUCCGUCCGAUGAGGAUGGUCGGGGUGUGCAGCCAGCGUCGGCGUUCUUAGGCUUGGGCGUCUUGGCCGAUGCUCGUCGAGGGGUAGAGUAGGCGCUGCGCUGGCCGUCUAGUUCACCGUCAAUCGAUCCAAAUGCGCGUGCCUUGCGUUCUCGCAGCGCCAUCUUGGCUGGAGGUGCUUCUGGCAUGGACGGCAUGGGAGUAAUGCCCAGAAGAGUUGCCUGCUUCUCUCGCCUAGCCUUGGAUGCCUCUGCGUUGAGCUCUUCUGCUCUGCAGCUGUCUGUCUGGCGUUCCGACGGAAUGAGCAGCUUGGAAAGCUCGUGCGCAGCCACCAUCCACGGCACCUCUGGCGCAACUGGAGACAUGGGUCGCGCCACAAUCUUGGGGCGGUUCGCCGAAAGGCCAGACAAGCUUCUUCGCAUGCGGACAGGGUCGACCACGCGAGCGGCAGAUGCUGCUGUGGGCGUGAAAUAGGCUGGUGUCUCUGAAGUUCUGGGCUUGCGCGGCGGUGAGGCAGGGUUCGCCAUGAGCUCCUCCAGCUUAUCUAGCUCGGCGCUUGACCACCAGCUAGGAUCGUACUUGUGAAGCGAAGCACCGCCGAUCUCGUCCUUGACUGCGACUGGAGCAACGUCCACUGUGGCAGUACCAAGCUUCUGGCUCAUUUCCACAGCUAGACUUGAACCCAGAUCCGGUACGGCAGCCUUUGCUGUUUGGUCAGCGACAAGACCACUUAGAUGGCUAAAGGUUCCAGAGAACAGUGCUCGGUCGCUAUAUCCGCCUUCCAAGACACUGAUAACUCUGCCGUCGGUACCUAAACCCUCCUCUGAUGCAAUCUUGACGAUGUCCUGUGUAAGUCUGGCAUAGAAUUCGGUCGGAACGUUGACUUGGUGUCGCUGCAUGCCGGCGCUCUCCCACUCGCUGGCAUCAAAUCCUGCCGAGAAGAAAAUGACUGCCUUUGGCACCUGGUGGUCGUCUCGUACGCGCUGGGCCUGGAGCUUCAAGUACGCCCGGGUCUUUUCGAGAAUAAUCGAGUACUUUGUUUCGUAGAUUUCCCAGAAUUCCUUUUCCGUCUUCCAGGGCUGCAGAUGGACGUUCCAAAUGCUCUGCCCGUGAGCAUUAUCAAUACACAAACUAGCAUUCUUGACCUUUUCCUCGUCGCCCAUCUCGCAGGGGUACGAGUUGAUAUCGUGCAAACUAAAGUAGCCAAUGGACGUCUUCUUCCACGAUGCCAAGCUCUUGUUUGCGAAAUGUGCCCGCGAGUUGUGCUCCCAGGUAAUGGCCUGAGAGCCGUCACCGUGGUGCAAGUCGAAAUCGAUAAUGGCAGCGUGUGUUAGGCCGUGGGUGAGAAUGGCGUGCAUGAUUCCUACGUGGACAUUGUUAACCCAGCAGAAGCCAGACGGGUGUGCUGCAGAACAGUGAUGGCCAGGAGGUCGGACGCCGACAAAGGCUCGAGUAGAUGGCGUAUUAGGAUCCAUGACGAUAUCGACAGCAUCGCAUACCGCUCCUAGUGCUCCCUCCAUGGCAUCCAGGGACUCCCCACAGAGGUACAAGUCUCCCUCAUGGAACUUUUGCGCAGGCUCGUCACGCUCAAUAUCAGGACGCUGAAGCUCUUUGCCUCCCAUGGCGAGCACGGAUUCAGCCGUCUCACACAUGUAUUUGAGCUCAUCCAUCCAUUUUGUGCCGUGGACAUUGGUCACCGCCUGCGAUGUAAGUGGAAUGCGGCGAGUUGUCUUUUGUACACGGAACGGGAUCCUGGGGAGCGCAUAGACAUCGCUCUUGGGGUUCGCUGGGUAUGCGCCGUCGGCAUGGCGGUCUCCCAGCCGAACAUAGGCCAUGGAGACACCAAGGACGCUUGCCUUUAUACGUUCGGGUCGCUCCACGAUGGUGCUCAAGACGCUUCGAGACGUUCGGGGUCGAGACCAGCGGUGGCCGUAGACAGAGUCGUGCAGAAUAACUACAGUUUCGGUCGGGAGGGUCGCCUCUGGCCCAUGGUGGGCAGCAAGCUCAGCUUCAAAGUAUGCGCUAGCUACCGAGCUCGGUGUCAUGGGGGGCUUCUGCUCCUCCUGGCCAAGUACAGGCGACUUGGCUGCAGAAGGCGACACACCGCGGGCAAAGCUAGAUCGUCUAGAGGUUUUCCCGCCAUUGGCCGAGUGCAGCGAGUUCAUAGACGCUUUGCGCAACAGUGGCGGGGUCGAAGCUCUGGAGUGGCGGCCAUGGGACGGGCUUCGAGCGCGGCGAGGGGAGGCAGAUGAGUGUCGCGACUUGGAUCUGGUUCUCGGUUUGGACUCGACAAUCUGCGGAGGAGAAGGAGGAACUUUGAGAGAAAGCUGGCUAAGCGACUGGGUCAGACCAGUAUCUUCUUCUUUAAUUAUUUCUGCGGUUGGCUGGCGAAGUGGCGGAGGCCACGCUGUUGACGACAUGUUGACGAUUGCAAGAUCAUGGGUCGACCGUUGUGGUGUUUACAAAAUGGGAGACAAGUCGGUUUUGUCUGUUUCUUUUUUUAAGAAUCAAGAAGAGGGGUAAGAAGGAAACAAAGCCCAAAAUCCACCCUUUUAGCGGUUUCGUUGGUGG